AUUCCUCUCACGCACACCGCUUCGUCAUCCUGUUCCAUUUCCUCUUUUUCCUCCCUUUUCUCCCGCUCGGGUCAAGCGGACCAUGGAUUGCACAUAUCGGUUUACCAAGGGGGCGAGCAGUGGAAGUCUGUUCUUGAGCGCAGCUUCCAGUUGGCCAGGGAAGACGAGGGAGCUUCAUCACCGUUGUUGUUGUCGUCAUCGCCAGCAUCAGCUUUUGUAGCUCUUCAGGCUGCAGCUGCACUGGAAGAGCCCGCAUGUCAUGCGGCUCCAGAUUGGGGUGGGACACCAGAGGUCUCCGUCGAGCGCCACCUCCCUGACCGCUGAUAUCAGGAGGUACGGAGACGCAAAGCAGUGGAACGCGGCGCUGGAGCUGCUGCGGCGUGCUCUGAAGUCGCGGGGUCAAGCCGACAACAUCAUCUACAAUGCUACCAUCAGCGCGUGCGGAAAAGGCAAGCAGUGGGAGCAGGCGCUGUCGUUGCUCGGCGAGCUGACGGAGGCGAGGCUGAAGCCGACUGUCGUUGGCUGCAGCGCCGGCAUCGGCGCGUGUGCGAGGGUCGGGGAGUGGCAGCAGGCGGUGUCUUUGCUCAGGCAGCUGCUGGGAGCCACGCUGGAGCCCGACAUUAUACCCUACAGCGCCACGAUCAACGCGUGCGGGAAGGCAGGGCGGUGGCGGCAGGCGCUGAUGCUGCUUUGCGAGCUGGAGGAGGUGAGCUUGGAGUCAAACACGAUCAGCUACAACGCGGGCAUUAGCGCGUGCGAGAGGGGGGGGGAGUGGCAGCGGGCGCUGUCGCUCCUGGGCGAGCUGGGGGCGGCGAAGGUUCCGCAAGACAUCAUCAGCUACAGCUCCGGGAUCAGCGCGUGCGAAAAGGGCGGGCAGUGGCAGCAUGCCAUGUCGCUGCUGCGGGAGCUCCGAGCAGCGAAGUUGCAGAUGGAUACGAUCUGCUGCAACUCAGGAAUCAGCGCGUGCGAGAAGGGCGGGGAGUGGCAGCAAGCGCUGACGUUGCUUGGUGAGUCGCGUGAAUCGAAGCUCGAGCUGGACGCCGUCUAAGCUACAACGCUGGGAUCAUUGCGUGCGAAAAAUGCGAGCAGUGGCAGCGGGCGUUGUCGCUCCUCAGAGACAUGGUGGAAUCGAAAUUGGAGUCGAACGUCAUCGGCUACAGCGCAGGGAUCAGUGCGUGCGAGAAGGGCGUCCAGUGGCAGCAGUCUCUGGCGCUGCUCAGCGAGAUGCGGGAGGCGAGGCUAGAGCCCGACCCCCAAUCUGCUACAAUGCCGGAAUCAGCGCGUGCGAGAAAGGCGCCCAGUGGCAGCGGGCUCUGACGCUUCUCCGCGACAUGGUUGAGGCGGGUAUGGAACCCGACGUGAUCGGCUUCAGCGCUGGGAUCAGCGCGUGCGAGAAAUGCGCUCAGUGGCAGCGGGCUCUAUCGCUUCUCAGGGAGAUGCGGGGGGCGAAGUUAGAGCCCCACUCAGCUACAAUGCUGGGAUCAGCGCGUGCGAGAAGGGCGCCAAGUGGCAGUGGGCCUUGGCGCUGCUCAGCGAGAUGUGGGAGGUAAAGUUGGAGCCCAACGUUAUCAGCUACAGCGCCGGGAUCAGUGCGUGUGAGAUGGCAGCGGACUCUGACGCUGCUGAGCGAGAUGCGGGAGGCGAAGUUGGAUCCAAACGUUAUCACCAGCUACAACGAUGGAGGCAGCGCGUGCGAUAAAUCCAACUAGUGGCGGCAGGCGCUGGCGGUGCUCAGCGAGUUGUGGUAGAGCAUUCUGGGACCAGACGACAUGAGCUACACAAUGGGCAUCACGGUGUACGAGAGGUCGUUUGGGGUUCGGCUGGAUUUCUAGGUGUUCUUCUGAUUCGCGUUCACAUCUUGCUCGACACACUGAGCGUGAGGGAACGUGCAGAGCAGCCAGCCUAAGAGCUCGAACAGACGCCGUUCGUGCAAACUUCCCCGCGGCCAUCCAUCGCAUAAUCAACAAGCCUGGAUGCCAAUGGAGGGGUCGGCCCUGGUCAACUACAGCCUCGCAUCUGCGCGUGCGCGAAAGGAGAGCAGUGGCACCGGGCCUGGCCUUAAUCAGCGAGACGUUUGACGCGAAGUUGGCUGCCAGCAUCACCACCUAGAAUGUUGGGGCCAGAACCUUCGAAAUCCCAGACGGGUGGCUCCUCUUUGGGCCGAGCUUGGCAGUGUUCUUGGAAGGGAAGGUCGCUGCGUCGAAAGAACCGUCUCGUCUGCGUUGCCGGGCAGCUUGCCGAGCAUCUGGACUAGCUGUGUCUCUGGCUCCCGCCAUCCUCGGGCUUUUUUUCCCGAGCGCCUGACCUUAUCCAUCUAGUAGUGAUUGCCGAGGCCCGCGCGUGCAAGGACGGCCCUUGCUUGAUUGUUCCGCCGGGGCGCGGGCGCGUCCAGGCGCCCUAUCUGCGGCUUUGCAGGGCUCUCGCUUCUGGCA